UUGUUGCACCCCUCAAAAUUGAAUACAAUGUCAUCGUCUGUUCAUUUCAAGUUCAAAUCCCAGAAAGAACCCUCACGGGUCACCUUCGAUGGCACUGGUAUUUCGGUCUUUGAGCUCAAAAGAGAGAUUAUCAGCCAAAGUAGAUUGGGCGACGGAAGUGACUUUGAGCUGUCAAUUUACAACGAAGACACCAGAGAGGAAUACGAUGAUGACACGACAAUCAUUCCUCGGUCCACAUCGGUGAUUGCUCGCAGACUACCUGCAGCACGCCCUGGUAAGGGCGGUGCUGCUCGUUAUGUCUCCGGAAAGAUGCCAGUCAACGCUCGCAGUGCCCCUCGCAACGAACCUUCGACAAACAGAGCGAUACCUGGGAUGGGGCAAUCUGUGAACAACAAUGUCUUGGAACUCAAUAAUGCUCAAACUGAAGAAGAAAAAAUCAAUGCACUUUUCAAUUUACAAGCUAGUCAAUGGCAGGAGCAACAGCAGGAAAUGGCCAAUGCCACACCCGUGUUCGGUCGUGGCCGAGGCAAGCCUGUCAACGUACCAGACCACCCUCCUCCACCGGGAUAUCUCUGCUAUCGUUGCAGGGAGAAAGGCCACUGGAUUCAAGCGUGUCCAACUAACAACGAUCCAAAAUUUGACGGUAAAUACCGAGUCAAGCGCUCAACCGGCAUCCCGCGGUCACUCCAAACCAAAGUCGACAAACCAGAAUCACUGGCGCCUGAUGGCUCCACUGAAGAUGCGAGGAAUACAGGGGUGAUGGUGAAUGCUGAUGGUGACUUUGUGAUUGCAAAGCCGGAUAAGGCAGCGUGGGAGUUGUAUCAAGAAAAGGCCAAGGCUUCGGCGGCGGCGGCAGCUGAGGCGGCGGCGGUCGAGGAGAGCAAGGCUCUGCAAGCUCGUGGCCUGGAAUGCCCAGUUGACAAGAGAAUGUUCUUAGAGCCAACAAAGACACCAUGUUGUCAAAGAACAUAUUGCAAUGACUGUAUCUCAAAUGCCUUGAUUGAAAGUGACUUUGUUUGCCCUGGUUGCUCCACAGAAGGAGUUUUACUUGACAACCUCACCCCGGACGAUGACUCUGCGUCUAAAAUUAAGGUCUACGAAGCAGAGAAGGCUGACGCGAGGAAAGAAAAGGACAAACUUUCUGCAGGUCCAGAUGGGACUCUUCCCGAGGCACCCACAGCUGAAUCCAAGACUUUCACAGCAGACAAAGAGCAAAGCCCGCCCAAUCAAGCCCAAGAGCCAGCACAGACCCAGUCAAAGAAGAGACCCGCGGAGGAUGAACUCACUGAUGCCACUGAAACUAAUCACACUGAGUCGGGUAAUGCUGCGAAGAAACAGAAGGCCGAAGAUCACCAGUCGGAUUCCCAGGGUCAAGAUAAUAGCAACAAAGAGGGCGCGGCAGGUGUUCCUCCCACCCCUUUCAACCAAGAAAUGCCCUUCAACGGCUUUGGCGCAAUGCCGGGCAUGCCGGGCAUGCCGGGCAUGUCUAUGAUGCCAUUCUCCGGUCCAGGAUUUGGUGCCGAUGCCAUGGGCUUCAUGAAUCCAAUGACGAUGGCGCCCGCGAAUGGCUUCCAAAACGGUAUGGGCCCCGGUUGGAACCCAAUGAACAUGCAAUUUAACCCCGGUAUGUUCGACCCGAACAAUGGUGGAAUGCCCAACGGAUUUCCCAAUAUGUUCAACGGAGAUCCUUCAAUGUCUAUGUUCCCCAUGGGCCAAAAUGGAUUCCAAGGGUCAGGCCCUGGCAUGAACAAUUUUUCCAACCAGCAACGGACAGCUUUCAGCACCCCGUACUCCAGGGAGGAAGAUUCGCCGUACUUCCGACAGCCUGUCAACCCGCAACGCCAUCAAGCUAGAAAUCGGAGGGUUCGACCAAGUGAUUAUCGGGAGCUUUAG